AUGUCCAUGUUGACACGGGCAGGUACCAUGGUGCGCAAGCCGCGUCGGAGCAGUGCCUCACGGGCCGUUCCCCGUCGACGGUCUGCUCCGACGGUGCUUCAAGGACGAUCCCAAUCUAAACAGGGUCAACACAAACUAGUUCAACGAAUUAGUAGUACACCUCACAGUGUUAGAUCUUAUCCGAAUUCACCAGGCAGAACUCGAUCACCACAAGAUUCACCUGCUACCAAAAGUGUUACUUUUUUCCCGCGGGAUCUGUCCCCCAAACGAACUCUGGAAUUAUCUUUUAAAUACCCAAGUGAUAUUUCACAAGAUUCCUUAACUGGGCUUGGUGCUAUUGGAUUAACAAAACAUGGAUCUACACCUCUGACGGAAAAUUCUCCAGCUAAAAGUGUGUCUUUUUUCUUGAAUUUGCCACAAUCUACGGAAGUAGUCUGCACUGGAAAGGAUAACUGUGUUGUCAAGGUCGAGGUGUCUUUAAUAAGAACAUUAUUUAAUUAUUGUUAA